AUGCUCUCCACUCUGCGUGUCGCCAGCCGCUCGGCUGCUGCCCGCGAUGCUAACAUGCGUACCGUGGUGAUCGGUGCCAGACAGGCCUCGGCCUGGUCCAAGGUGCCCCAGGGCCCUCCGGAUGCCAUCCUGGGUAUCACCGAGGCCUUCAAGGCCGACUCCUUCAAGGAGAAGAUCAACCUGGGUGUUGGUGCUUACCGUGACGACAAGGGCAAGCCCUACGUCCUGCCCUCUGUCCGCAGCGCCGAGGACAAGGUCGUCGCUUCGCGUAGCGACAAGGAGUACGCCGGCAUCACCGGUAUCCCUGCCUUCACCAACGCCGCCGCGGAGCUGGCCUACGGCCCCGACUCCUCCGCCAUCAAGGAGGACCGCCUCGUCAUCACCCAGACCAUCUCCGGCACCGGUGCCCUCCGCAUUGGUGGUGCUUUCCUCCAGCGCUUCUACCCUGGCGCGAAGAAGGUCUACCUGCCCAACCCCAGCUGGGCCAACCAUAACGCCGUCUUCAAGGACUCCGGCCUGGAGGUCGAGAAGUACCGCUACUACAACAAAGACACCAUUGGUCUUGACUUUGAGGGUCUGAUUGAGGACAUCAAGGCCGCUCCCGAGGGCAGCAUCAUCCUGCUCCACGCCUGUGCCCACAACCCCACCGGUGUUGACCCGACUGAGGCCCAGUGGCGCCAAAUUAGCGAUGUCAUGAAGCAGAAGGGUCACUUUGCUUUCUUCGACAUGGCUUACCAGGGCUUUGCCAGCGGUAACGCUGACAAGGACGCCUUUGCGCCCCGCCACUUUGUCGCCGAAGGCCACAACAUUGCUCUGUGCCAGAGCUUCGCCAAGAACAUGGGUCUCUACGGUGAGCGUGUCGGAGCCUUCUCCCUCGUCUGCGAGAACACCGAGGAGAAGAAGCGCGUCGAGUCGCAAAUCAAGAUCCUCAUCCGCCCCUUCUACUCCAACCCCCCAUCCACGCAGUGGCUCGGCGAGGUCAAGGGCAUGGCCGACCGCAUCAUCGAGAUGCGCUCCCUGCUCCGCACCAACCUCGAGAAGCUUGGCAGCAAGCACGACUGGUCCCACAUCACCAGCCAGAUCGGCAUGUUCGCCUACACCGGUCUGAAGCCCGAGCAGAUGGACGCUCUGGCCAAGGAGCACUCCGUCUAUGCCACCAAGGACGGCCGUAUCUCCGUUGCGGGUAUCACCACCGGCAAUGUCCAGCGCCUGGCUGAGUCCAUCUUCAAGGUUACUGGUUAA